CACCGAGUGAAAUCGCGCUUUCCCCCUCCAAAAUCUCGAAAAAGUCGGAAAAUUCUUCUGUUUAUUAACAAAAUUAUUGCGAAAUAACUGUGAAAAAUCGUUGUCGUUAAUUCACCGCACGGCCCUCCACGGCCUCCGAGACGACCCGCUUCGACAGUGACCAAGUGUUGCCCGAAAAUCACUCGCAAAGUGUACCGUUUCUUUGCGCGUUCCGCCUGUGAGGUUAUGUUGGCGCGUUUUCCGUCGCUUCAGAACAGCAACAAGCGAUCGAAGGAAUUUCCAAAAAAGUCGCCUCUGGAUUGCAAGUGUUAAUCGCGGAACCGUUCGUUUCUUCCGGAUCUCAUCAUGUUUGGUGCCAAAGCGGGAGGAUUUGGGCAACCGACGGCCAAUCCCGGGUUCGGAAACUUCGGCAGUAACCCGGCCACGGCCAGUCCGUUUGGCCAGACGACCGCCUUUAGCAAACCGGUUACAACGGGUGCGUUCGGUGCGACGCCGGCCUUCGGACAGCAACCAACGACCUCGCUGUUUGGCCAAACGCAACCCACCGGUGGUCUGUUCGGUGCCACCAACACCACGGCCCCGGCCUUCGGUGCUGCACCCGCGGCUCAGCCCGGAUUCGGUGCUUUUGGUCAAACACAGCCACAACAAACGUCCCUGUUCGGCACGCAGAACAAUACGGCCGGAAACACGUCGCUGUUCGGCAACAAUAACAACACAUCGUUCGGUGCGGCCAAACCGGCAGGCUUCGGAUUCGGUCAAACGAGUACCCAAUCGUCACUGUUUGGUCAGGCCAGUACUAGCCAGACGACCACUUCCGGAUUCUUCGGACAGAACACGCAAACCGCUGGUGGACUGUUCGGUGCCGCUAAGCCGGCUUUCGGCGCAGCAACACCCGUUGCCGGUGGAAAUGGAACGGCCGUUUCCAAGUACCAGCAGACGCUUGGUACGGAUACGCUGGUUAAGAAUGGCCAAACGACCACCAUCAAUACGAAGCAGCACUGCAUCACCUUCAUGAAGGACUACGAGAACAAGUCGGUCGAGGAGCUGCGCUUCGAAGAUUAUUCCGCCAAUCGGAAGGGACCACAGGCGGGCGGUGCAACGGGUGGACUGUUCGGAAGUGGUGCACCGACGACGGGACUGUUUGGUGCUACGGCUCAACAACCAGCGACCGGCGGUCUAUUCGGUCAGAAUGCGGCACAACCGGCAACCGGUGGGCUGUUCGGUACCACGACGAAUACGUUUGGCGCUACGACAACGCCUGGUUUUGGUGCAACGGCCGGUAGUACGUUUGGUAAACCGUUCGGUGCGACACCGGCCACCUCGGCUCCUGGCUUCGGUUUCGCUCAAUCGACUACCUCGACACUCGGUGGUCUGGGAGCGAAUAAACCGGCCUUCGGUACCACCGGAACGGGUUUGUUCGGUCAAACGACCAAUCCCGCCACCAGCACGUUCGGUCAGACUUCAGCAUUCGGAGGUUUCGGAACGCAAAAUACGGCCACUCAACCGGGAGGACUGUUUUCCGGAGCCGGAACAACGGGUGCAGCACCAGCCACGGGUGCGUUCGGUACACUCGGUGCCCCGGCUGCAGGUACAAGCUUCAACUUUGGCACGAACGCUCAAACGAGUACUGCCGGAUCGACACUGUUCGGUGCGAAACCGGCCAACACUUUCGGUACGCUCGGUGGAACCACGUUCGGACAGAACGCAACAUCCAGUGCGCCCUCGUUUGGAUUCGGCACGAACACCAAUACGGCCGCCGGAGGAUCAUUUUUCGGAAAUUCUUUCAACAAACCGGCUGCUCCGACGUUCGGUUUGGGUACCGGUACGGCCACCGGUGGUGGCUUAGGAACGGGCGGUGGAUUGACGUUCGGGACCGGCACGACCUCACUGUUUGGCAACACGGCCAACAAACCGGGUGGUCUCGGUACGGGUACGGGUAGCUUGUUCGGUAACACCUCAACACUCGGUACCGGUACCGGUGCCUUCGGAACGAUGGGUAUGGGCACAACAUUUGGAGGCGGAAUUGGUGGUAUCGGUGGUACGGCCGGUAUCGGUGGAAUCGGUGGCAUGACGGCGACCAAUGCCGGCCAGCAAACGGUCCCGAUCCAUCAGCAGAUCCUAGCUAUGGCUUCCUCGCCCUACGGUGACACCGCCAUCUUCAAGGGCAUCAAACCUUUGGCCGGACCGACGGAGGAUUCACUGAAACCGACCAACCCAUCGGCGCAGAAAGCCAUUCUCGAAGGUUCGAACUAUCAGUUCAAAGUUAAUGCACGCUCCGGGUCGGCCGAUCGGCUCAAGGUGAAACCCCUCGGCACAAUGCAGCUCAAAAAAUCAAUCUUCGAGGGUCUCGAAGAGUACGACAGUACACUCGAGGACAGCUUCACACUGAAACCGAACGCCAAACGAUUGAUCAUUAAACCACGCUCCACAAAGUCCACCAUCAUCAUCCCGGAUAGUGGAGAUGCUGUUGCUGGUGGUGGUGGUGGCGGCGGUAGUGUGGCCGAUUCCGUUAUAACCACACCACCUCGCAGCACGGGAGAAACAUUCCGCAAUCAGAUUCCGACGAAUCCUACGGACAGUAUCGGCAAGCAGCAGCAGCACCAAGAUCAACAGCAGACCGAUGGUAAUCGUCGCGUCUCGUGGCUACAGUCAAAUGUGCUCGAUAAGGUACGCCAGCAGCAAAGCAACAAUCCGCGACUGUCGGAAUCGGUGCUGGACAAUACGAUUAAAGAGUUUGCGACGGCGAACAACCGGAAUGAUAAGGCAAUCUCGCUGUCACCGGGCACCAUCCCGGAAGAGUCGCAGCUGAUUGGUGAGACGAGUCAGCUGGGUAAAUCUGGCCAGAAAAAUAGUUCAUCUUCCGCCGCAGAGGGCAAUCAAACGAUUAACGAAAGUUGUAUUUCGAACCGGUCGUUCCUGAACGAGACCAGCAUGAUUGGGGCCGGCGUUGGUACAGAUUUGUCGACUUCAAUGACACCGCUGACGGAAGAUGCAGAGCCACACCCGACGGGAAUCGUCCUUCGUCGUAUUGGAUAUUAUACGAUUCCGUCAUUGGAUGAAAUCGCCCAGCUGAUGGAUGAUGAAGGACGUUGUAUCGUGUCGAACUUUACGAUUGGCCGUAAGGGCUACGGCAACGUGUACUUCAACGAGCCGAUCGAUGUAGCCGGCUUGAAUCUGGACGAGAUCGUGCACUUCCGCCACAAGGAAGUGAUUAUAUAUCCGGAUGACGAAAACAAGCCACCGGUCGGUAGUGGUCUCAAUCGGAAGGCACAGAUCACGCUCGAUCAAGUGUGGCCCCACGAUAAGACGCUGCACGAACCGAUAAAGGAUCCGCAGCGUUUGGCACUGAUGGAUUACGAGGGCAAGUUGCGACGUGUAUGCGACAAACAUGAUACACGCUUCCUCGAGUACCGACCCGAUACUGGCAGCUGGGUGUUCAAGGUAGAACACUUCUCCAAGUACGGACUGAGUGAUAGUGACGACGAGGAAGCGGUACCGGUCGAUCCAAAGAAGGUCAAGAUGAUGACCGCACAGCAGCGCAACCUGUUGCAACAGCGAAGCAAAUUCCAGGGGCCACCACCGGGUGCGCACGGGACUGCGGCUACCAAGCCAUCCACAGGUCCGUACGAUCAUCAGGGAAACUUCAUGACGGAUGAUGCUGAGUCACGACGCUACGAGAUGCUCGAGCACAAGAACGUAAGUGGAACGCGUUAUGCGUUGCAACUUCAUGAUAAUGCUGGAGCUGACGUUGAUGUUGAUGAUGAUGUGAAUGGCAACGAUGAAUACUUCCCUGGCCAUCCGGAUAUACCGACUAGUCCAACGGCAGCUAUAGCGCUCGAGAUGGGCACGGAUCCGCACAAGAUUCAGCUCAUGAAAGCAUCAUUCUUCGCGGAUGAUGAUUACGAGAAUGGUGGUGGACGCGACAGUCCGGAUCAGAUCGUGCCCGUUGGCAGUGGUGGAGUAGGCGGCGGUGGCAGCAGCAGCACCGGUCGCUUGACAAAGGGCACCGGCGGAUUACUACUACAGAGCCUUUACGCAACUAACAAACCGAAAGCACCGCUAGAACGCCGCACGGCAUCUACUGCUAGCCCGCAGGCUGGUGGCGCUGAUCGAUCUCUGUUGAGAGCCGAUGGUUCGAUGGUGGUCUCCUUUACACCCGGAACGCUGCUGAAGACAUCGACCACAAAGCACUUUCACGGCGGCUCGACAAUGAGCUUACUGUCCUCUUCGGUUCAGUCCAAUGGAACGGUUAGUAAGCAACCGGCGGCAGUGAUAGCUGGUACCCAGGUGGUGGCCCUACCGCCAAUUCCACGCCCGCUCGGUCCACAAUCGUUGCCAUUCGUCGUGAAACCGCGGGUCGAAAUGCUGCAACCGAUGAACGUGGUGAUUCCUCUCUCGAAAUCGAUCCUAAGGCGCUUCCUGCAAAGUAAAUCCAAUCUUGCGUUCUUCCAUGGUCGUCGAUAUAAGGUCGGUUGGAUGCAAGGGACGGCUAUGGUCGUACUGAACACGCGCAAUAACUGCACCGAUCUAGUCCAGCGCAACGGACAGGACACAAACGCGAGGACGUUGACUGGAUCGAGCAACAGCAUCAUCGGUAUCGAUGGGGUGAAACCGUUCUUGCGUGGUCGUGGCGAUGAAGACUUUUCGCCUGCCACCCUUCAGCUGCUGCGUCUACAUUCGACUGCGGAUCACGCCACCAUGCUCGCUACGAGUGACUUUCAGCUCUCUAUCGAGGGACAUUUGCGAGUGCAGCUGCGCCAUUGCACACGGCACGUGAACAAAGAGGAGAGUGAUUGUCCAAUGUUGGUGGCAGGUGGUAAAUAUGCGGCGCUCGAAGAACACUGCGACCAGGCACGUACGUUGCUCGAAACGAGCAGUAGUGAGUUCGAUGGGUUGUGCGCCGAGGUGUGGUCAUUGCUGGUCGCACUGUGGGGUGCCUGCGAAGAGCUCGAGGAAGUGGAUGAAUCGGCACACCUGACCACAAUGUUCCGGCGUGAUCUGCUGUCCGAAUGGAUCGAGCGCGUCGUGACCGAUCGAUCUCAAAAAGAGCGAAAACUGGCGGAGAAACAUGGCUAUCUAGAUCAGCUGCUUGAGCUGAUACGCACGCACAAGGUACUCGAGGCAUGUGAACUGGCCUUCGAAAACAAUGAUCUCCAGCUGGCGCUACUAUUGGCUCAGAUAUCCGGUGGUCCGACCACCAGACAGCUCCUGCAGCAUCAGCUCUCCUCCUGGCAGCAAUCGGAGGCAGAUCGGUUCAUCGAUCCGCGGCGGCUACAGGUGUUUAUGGCGAUCGCCGGCAUCCCAGUGAUGUCAUCGUUCCACGGAGCGAUCAAUCUGUUUGAAAACGUCGACUGGUUGAAGGCAUUGGCAAUGCACCUUUGGUAUCUGGCCGCACCUACCGCAUCCAUUACCGAUGCACUGCUUGGGUAUGAGCAAUCGUAUGAAUCGGACGAUUACUUCACCUUGCCGCCCGUACCACCGUAUGCGCGUCGUUAUCCGACCAGUACCGUCAGUCGACCGAUCCGAGAUGUUCGGUUUCAGCUGCUGAAGCUUUACUCGCGUCGUACCACACCACUGGAACCGCUGCUUAAUCCGGCCUCGCACAGUGCCGAUCCGAUGGACUAUCGGCUCAGUUGGCUGCUGCUGCAGUCCCUCGAAACCCUUGGCUAUCUCCACUGCUCGGAGGUGACACGCAGUCAGACACACACUUCGUUUGCGCUGCAACUCGAAGGCUAUGGGCUGUGGCAGUGGGCCAUCUUUGUGCUGCUGCACCUGAGUGAUCAGGCACGGCGAGAGCUAAUGGUCCAGCAGCUGUUGUACCGUCACGUACAGCUCACCGACGACGAGGAUUACUGCACUCGGGAACGCUUCGUUGUGCAGGAACUGGGUGUACCGAAGAAGUGGAUAUACUGGGCAAAGGCGGUCAAAGCGGCGUCGUUGUUUGACUAUCCACAGCAGGCCCACUUCCUGCUACAGGCAAAGCAGUGGUCAUUGGCACAUGAAGUCAUUCUACAACACUUGGCACCGGAAUAUGUGAUGAACGAUCAAAUCAACGAGCUCAAGGAAAUGCUCGAUGCCAUCGAAGACACCAAACAGAUAUCGAACUGGUCGACCAAGGGACAGAUUCUGUCCGAUUUUAUCGAGCUAAAUGAGAAGUUCGAGCUGGUUACGAAUACGAUGGACGAGGGAUUGAUGCAGGAGCGCCUGGAGGCCCUCAAACCCAAGCUGUCCGAUCUGUGUUCGGUGAUGAAGCUAUUCCCAUGCCCCACACCGAAGCACGUGCUGCUACAGAGUGAAAUGUCGCAACGGCUUGCGUAUCUCUUGCGGACACACUUCGCCGACGAUCCACAGAUCAGUGGCAGUGCGCUGAUGCGUGGUGCGCUCGAGCGGUUACCCCUGCCAGAGGAGUACGCCCUUGGUGAGCUAGACCAUCUUUUGCGGACCUUCUUGACCGAGGAAUUGAAGCGCACGGAAGUGGAAUCGUAAAUCAGUCGCUAGUGGGUCUCCUGGAUCAACGAAAUAUAUUAAUUUUUGCGCAAACGCA